AUGGCCGCCACACGAAGCUUCCUCAAUGCCUCUCGGCCUCUCUUCCGCCAGCCACUAUCAUCGGCGUGGCGAACGCGUGCUGCUCCGUCAGGAACUACCAACUUCGGAAGCAUACGGAAUAGCACCCGGCGUUGGCAAGGGACCGCGGCUGGCGCCGAAGCACGGGAGUCUUGGUUCAAGCGAAUGUGGAACAGCCCGGUUGGGUUAAAAACGGUCCAUUUCUGGGCUCCUGUUAUGAAGUGGGCUAUAGUAAUUGCGGGCAUUUCUGAUUUCGCCCGUCCCGCCGAGAAGCUGUCACUCACCCAAAAUUUGGCGCUGACGAUGACGGGGAUCAUCUGGACGCGAUGGUGCCUAAUCAUCAAGCCAAGAAACAUCUUGUACGCUCCCUACUGCUGA